AUGUCAGCCAGUGGUGACUUCAAAGUUAAUCCUUUGGUGAAGGAUGCUCUGGACAGUGGAAAGCCCAUUGUAGCUUUGGAGAGCACCAUCAUUACACACGGCAUGCCAUAUCCCCAGAAUUUGAGCAUGGCCAGAGAGGUGGAAGAAAUCGUGAGAACAAACGGAUCAGUGCCAGCAACAAUAGGCCUUUUAAAGGGAUCCAUCCAUGUGGGCCUCCAGAAUGAAGAACUUGAGUUUCUGGCAACAAGCAAGAAUUUAGUGAAAGUAUCUCGGAGAGACUUCCCCUACGUUCUCAGCCAGGGCUUGUCUGGUGGUACUACUGUGGCAGGAACCAUGAUUGUAGCACAUAAAGUGAGGAUCCCCGUGUUUGUGACAGGAGGCAUCGGAGGGGUUCACCGUGGAGGAGAGAAAACUUUGGAUAUAAGUGCUGACCUGACAGAGUUAGGCCGUACUCCAGUUGCUGUGAUUUCUGCAGGUGUCAAGUCUAUACUGGACAUUGGCAGGACACUGGAAUAUAUGGAAACUCAAGGUGUCUGUGUGGCCACUUAUGGGGAAUCAAGAGAGUUCCCAGCCUUCUUCUCCCAUCAAAGUGGCUUCCAGGCCCCAUAUCAGGUGCAGAACGAGGAGGAUGCUGCUAAGUUGAUAGCUAGGUCAUUGACUUUGCAGUUGGGCAGUGGAGUGCUGAUUGCAGUGCCAUGCCCGAAGGAUCAAGCAACUUCAGGGCAGCUUAUUGAAGAGGCAAUCCAGCAGGCUUUGAAAGAGGCUUGGGAAAAGGGAAUCACAGGAAAAGAGCUUACACCAUUCUUGUUGCAGAGGGUGAAUGAGUUAUCCAGUGGGGAGUCCCUGAACUCCAAUAUUGCCUUGAUCAAGAACAACGCAAGAGUGGGCAGCCGCAUAGCUGUGGCCCUGAACAAGAUCCAAAGAGCCCAGGGAAGGAGAGAUGGCUCCCCUCAAAAGGGAAAUGCAUCUGCUGUGCCAAGACCAGUGGUGAUUGGUGGUAUCAACGUUGAUUUCAUAGCUAAGGCGCGAGAACCAGCACUAGUGGUUGGAGGACAGACAAACCCGUCGACAAUUAGACAAUCUUUUGGUGGUGUUGGGAGAAAUCUGGCAGAUUGCUUAAGUCGUCUUGGGAAGUCCCCUUUCUUGAUCUCUGUCAUGGGGAAGGAUGAGCACUCGGAGUCCGUCCUGCAUUACUGCAAGCAUAUGGAUAUGGGAGGAGUCUUGCGCCUGGAAGGACACAACACGGCCACUUACUGUGCCGUGAUCACAGGCAGUGGAGAGCUCACCCUUGGCUUGGGAGACAUGGACAUCCACCAGCAGAUAACAGAGCAAUACGUGUCCAAGUUCAAGGAGAACCUAUGUUUGGCCCCACUGAUCUGCAUUGAUGGGAAUGUGCCAGUUUCCACUAUUCAAAACAUCUGUCAUAUUGCCAGAGAACAUCGCCUAGCAGUGUGCUACGAGCCAACAGAUGUGGACAAAGCCUCCAAGCCAUUCUUUUCAGACAGCUGGAGAGCCCUGACCUGGAUAUCUCCCAAUCUACGGGAACUAAGAGCAAUCGUUCGGACCUUGGGUCAUCCUGUGCCUGCAGAUUUGCCAACCAAGCUGGAGGAUGUUGUCGAGACUGCCAUGGCCCUUGUCUGCCCCUUACUGCAAGAGUUGCACUGUGUCGUGGUCACACUUGGCCAAGAUGGAGUCCUGGUGUGUGGCCAGAAUGUAGGAGGAACUGUCUCUCUUCAUCCCGGAACUUGCAAUAAGACCACAGGAAGUGAGCUGUGUGCCACUCACUACCCAGCAAUCCCCAUCCCCGCAGAGGAGAUAGUGAACGUCUCUGGAGCAGGUGACAGCUUACUGGCUGGAAUCAUCGCUGGCCUGCUUGCUGGAGAGGACACGGAUAACUGCAUCCGGAUGGGGCUCUUGUCUGCCAGCCUCUCCGUCCGUUCACAUGAGCCUGUUUCUCCAGAGAUCAACGCCAGCAGGGUGAACCUGGCUCAGGUCAAGACUCAGAGCUGGCUAGAAACAAAGACAUGGAAGCUGCCGCAACCUUAGGUCUUCUGCUUUAGGCUUUCCGCUCUCCUCCUCCCAGCGGCACCUGGAGCAGGCACAUGCCCUGCCUUUCCUUCCUCCAGCAGAAGCCUUGCUUGGAACCUGAAGCAGUAGCCUGUGGUUACAGGAGGCAAAGAGGCAGCGGCUGAGUUGCUGUAUACUGACCUCCCUACCUUUUCCCCUCUCGAUUUCAACCACACAUAUUCUGCACCGAGAAAUGCUGGACUCUGCAAUCUGUAUACAUUAUUCAGAUCAAACACAUUUACAUAUGUUUCCUUCAUUUGCAUAAAUUCUGCUUGCGUUAGUCGUGUGGCCUCCCAUAGGACAGGCUCCGCAGGGCCAUGAAGCCCCAACCCCUGACUACUGCUCUGGUUUGAGGGACUGCAUCAGGUAUUAGGCUUGUGCCCGAAACGUUUCAGAGGCCAUUAUGAAGGCCUCCGAAACGUUUCGGCGCUGGGGGCAGUUUUGGCGCCGAAACGCUGACGGGGGUAGCUCUUUAAGGGCGGGGGAGGGUGUACUCAACCCUCGUGUGUGCGCACAUGGCAGAAGGGCGCACGCACGACAGGCGCACACGUGCUCGUGACUUCCAGCCACUUCCGGCCGACGGGGGAAACGGGGCGGCAGGGAGGAAUGCUGCCACCCCGAGGAGCUUCAAAACGACAGCGCACUGGUGGGGGAAAUGCGGCGGGAGGGGUGAGUACACUCUCCCCCGCCCUUAAAGUGUUACCCCCCGUCGGCACUGAAGAUCUUCAUGCACAUCCCUAUCAGAUAUUGCUCAAAGGCAGGGGCGUAGCAAGGUUGGAGUGGGCCCAGAGACAAGAUUUUAAAAUGUCCCCCCUCACUGAAGCUCAGCUCAUGAAGUAAAGAAAUCUUAAAUGAGGCUGAAAAGUGGUAACAAAAAACAUAGUAAAAAAAAUAUAUAUAAAACCUAUGUGCCACAAUAGAACAUCAUCCUAAAUUAUUUUUUUAAAGGUUUUGUAAAUUGUGGACGAUGCAAGUCAUUUAAUGGUACUAGAGAAAGACAUGCUGUUCUGGUAGCUCCAGCUCUUACCGCUCACAUCAAUUUCGAAGGAUGAAUACAACUGAAGGAAGCCUGGGCGUGUGCGCAGCUGGGGGAGUAAGUCACAUGACUUGCCUCUGGGGGGCCCCCAAGGCAGUGGGCCCCCAGAUAAUUGUCUCCCCUUGCCCUAUUAUAGUUACGCCCCUGCUCAAAGGGCUUGAAGUCUAUGGCUCUGAGUUAGAAUUAGUCACAAAUAAGGCCGUCAUCCUAUGGGCAAUUCCAAGGGUAACGGAAUCCCUUUUGCAAUCAAAAGUUAUCACUUUUGCAAGAGCUGUAGCCAUAAGCAAAAUUUCAAAUUGAUAUUAUAUACACCCACUGGCAAGAGAACAUCUCCUACUAUAAGGCCAUAUUUUUUCAAAACCCUUCAGUAUUAUAGUGUUUGAAACAUGCAAUUUAAAAAAUAAAUAAAAAAUUCUUAGGUGAUUUUAAAAAUUGUUAAAUAGUUUUAAGUUUUUGUAUAUAUUUUAAUUUGUUUUAUGCUAUUUUUAACCGCCCAGAGAUGAAAGUUUGGGGCAGUGUACGAAUUUGAUUAAUAAAUAAAUAAUAAAUAAAUAAAUAAAAAUGCAUUGGUAAUGGAUUCAGAAUUUUGGGAUGUAAUUUCUGAUUCCGUUACCAAUGUAUUUUGCACAUUCAGACACUGCAAUAUUUAAGGUUUUUGUAAACAUAUGGCCUUCUGGUUCAUCAUCCACGAAAAGAACCUAAGGCAUCACUUGCUGAAUAAAGCAGAGUGUUGGUGGGCUUAGGAAGGUAGUGUAUGGUGAAAAUUCCUUUCCCUGUAAUUUCUGCAUCAUCGAUCCCACCAGCAAGUUGGCUGCAACAGUUGAUAAAAGAGUGGCAGUGCAUAUGAAUGAUCAAUAAAGCGAAAGACUUGUC